GCCCAGCAUACUGCGGGGAAUUUAGCGACAAAAGUGGAGCUGUAACAGUAGUUUUGGGGCGUGACGGGUGACACAUGCUGUCCCGACAACCCGAAGAGAAGCAUGGCUGGAAACCCUGCCACGACAUUCAGGCAUGCAACUCCAACCGGGACUUUUAGUGGUGGAGGGCAAAGUCUCUCCCUUGUCUAUUUUCGUAGACUGUCACUGAAUAAAGGAUUCUCGCUUCACCGUAUAAUACCUGCCGAAAUUCGCUUGUGUCUCAAACACUGUCUGCAGCCUUUGCGAGGACUUUGAUAUAACGGUUGUCUGUGCCGACUGAUCCGGCCAGCGCUCGUUGUGCUUGGUUGGAAGGCAUCUAACACGGCGAAAAAAGAAUCGACAGAGUGCAACUCCGCCAUGCCUUUUCUUUUUCAGCAUUGCAUAUACUUCUUUAACCCAGUUUCAGCGCAGGCGUCACCAGCUGCAUGAUACCUCAUAAGUAUGUGGUAAUGCGGACGAUCACUCGUAAGGUCCAUCAGUUUCCGGUCGAAUCUGCCCCGUCGGUCAGCUCGUGAGCUCCUUUCUGUGCUGGUUGUCUCCAAAAACCUUUUCAUCGAUGCUCUUCCAAACGUGAGAUCUUGCCACGUCUCGUGAUGUCCUACGGAAAAUCGACUUCCCUGCUGUUCAACGGUGACUGGGGCCCCGUUAUCGAGAAGAAACUGUAGAGUGUGCGGUCGUGUUGUUUGCAGACCAAAGCGAAUCCUCGUCAGCUCACUUCUCGGGCCGCCUUGGUGGACACCCUGUAUUUUCAAUCGUGUUUUCUCUGGUUACUGUCGCCUUCCGGUGGUAAUCGUUGGUCUGUGUUAUUUCGCUGCUGAAACGUAACGCAAAACAGAAAUCUCUGCUUCAGAGGCACCAAGUUAGCCUGCGGAUGUCUACAGUUUACCUUUGUCUCGCACCUCGCUCGCUCCAGGAUGGCAACGAUGGUCACCUGCCAGGGCUGCGGCGAAGAGACGACUUCCCGCUUGUGCUGUCCGAAAUGUUCUGAGUUCGGCCGGACAUCCUUCUUCUGUUCCCAGGACUGUUUUGUCAGCAGCUGGCCGUCACACAGCAAGCUCCAUGUUAUCAUCAAACAGUCGGCUAUGACGAUUUCAGUAUGUUCGUCAGACGUGUUUACGGAGGACGGCAUAGAUGAGUCAUCCGCGACUACCGCUGCUUCUUUGCCCUCCUCGUCCGUCUCCACACUUUCCACCCGACCUAGCAGUCUCAUUUCUUCAACAGAUACUCCUAGCUAUUCAAGAACUGUGGGAGGGGGGGCAGAUGACGGAUUCCCUCGUCCGCGGAGUGGACCGUCCGCCACAGAGCUUCCAGUCGUCCCGUCCCGUUCCUCGCUGCAUCAACCCUCUGUCCUUACUUCUCGUGGACCCUCCGUUCCAUCUGAUCCGGGUACUGUAGCAAAACAACCCUCGUCGUCUGGUAAAAAAUCUACUUCCCCUGGUUUUUUCGGGAAAGUGCGCGGCCUUCUCGCCGGUGAGGGUGGCAUGUUCGGAUCUUCAUACGAGCUGCCUCUUUCUGUAAUCUCCCGUGGCAGUGCUCAACAGCGGCAUGCAGUCCGGGCUGGCGGCCCCGGCGCUCUGACCGACGGGCAGAAAAACACGGGGGCCUUUGGUUCACUGUCUCGUGCAACGCCAAGUGCAGCAGGUCGGCGGUGUUGGUGGUUGCUCGUGUGUGUCUUUGUUUGCGUUAUUGUCUCGAUGUGGACCAUGCGGCGCACACUGUUUGAUUGCUCCAGUCAGGGUGGUGCAUUUGAUAUCGCACAAGGAGAUCUUCCCGCUUAUUCCAGUGACAGUCCGACCGGACGGUCAGCUGAGACAACAGUGGUCAAUUCUGUUUUGGCGCAACUCGGAGGCCGUCGCUAUGCUGACGAGUUAUCUGCACUGCAGGAGAGUGUGCAGGACCUCCGGAACGAGCUCGCGGCAGUCACGACACUCGUGCAGCAACAUGCGGCGUUCAUUUCUCAAUUCGUAGAAAAGCCUACAACGGUGGGGCGCCGCCAAGGAGGAGGGGCUAUCAAGCAUGCCAUAUCUGCGUCAGUAGAAGGUCCACCACUGCCGGACGUUCCGCAGCUGCGGUUCGCCUUAGCCGAUGCAGAGGUCGCAUCCCGAAGUGCACAGAGCGCGAAUUCAGGAAUUGAGAGGGAGACUGCCAGAGCAGGCGACGGCAACACCAUGGGGGAUGGCUUACGUGGCACUAAUCAUAACGGUGGUGUGCUCUCACAGAAGUCUUUUGGGGCGAGUGUUGCGUUAGAAAGUACAGUGCGGGGUUCUGGAGAUAAUAUGCUGGACGGUGAGACACGCGGUAAAACUGCAGAUGCUCCAGAAGGUGUUGAGAGAGUUCCCUCUUCAGCUGCAGAACGUAGUGGAGGCGCAGGCACCCCAGAUGCCGACACAGCAUUUGUCACAGACCGAGGUGUAGACACUCUUCGAGACGGUAUCCCAAGCGACGAUGACAAGAAGAAAAACUCCGGUGAGGCGGAAAAGGAGCCACUGCGAGCGGAUGCAGGUGGCCGACCUGCGGACAAUGGAAAAGCCGCAGAUUUAGCAAGUAGCCCGGGCAUCAAAGGAGAAGUUGAAAUACUUUCGGCAAGCGGAGAAGUUGUGGCACAAGAUUCCAGAGAAGCUCGUGUCAAAGGGCUGGAAGAAGAGACUGGGGCCGGCCGGCGGGGUUUUCUGGGCGUUGGAGGAAAGGGCCAUGGCCUGACUGGAGGAAGACUUGACAGAUUGUGAUUUGCAUGCAAACUGCACGGUAGCAAUCUAGAAGGUUAGUGUGUUUUAUCGUUCGAAGUUAGUUUAAUCCCGGGUGCACCCCCCUGCCCACCUCUCCCGGGUACCUCGCGUUUCUGAAAUACUUCUUUUUUACAGUCGCGCACCCUGGAAUGUACGCCUGUGCUGUCGCACCUUCAAGGAAAGGAGAGUGCUGUAAUCUGACAUAAAACGCUGUGUAGUAUGUUGGAACGCGCAACGACCCACGUCGAAGACCACAUUUUAGUUGAAUCUGAAAUGAGGACAUUCCAUAUUAGAGCCGUUGUUCAGUGAAAAAUUCGUACGUGCUAUACCCCUUGUGCCUGUCUCCAGCAUCAGCUGAUGUGACAGAUAAGAACGUUCUUUGAAGUAGGUCGUAUUGCCAGAUCGUUCUCUGUGUACUUGCCCAUGCUCAUCAAUUUUCCUUUGUUGUGGCUGGAAACACUAUCGCGGUUCGACAACCAGGACUAAUUAGUGGUCGUAAUGAGCGACUGUGAAAUCACAGCGCUGUUUUUUCUGCGACGCCGCCGCGUGUACCACCAUCGAAUACAUGAGCUUUGAUUUUAUGCGAUUCGGUGCUCUUUACAUGAUUCAGCUGUGACUGCUUACCGGAAUACGCGCCAGUUGGCGCGGGGGAGAGUAAAUAACUAGAGCCUGU